CCCUCAUUUUCUGCGUAUGGCGGGCUACCUCACGGGGAUUUGACUCUGCGUGGAUACACCUGUGUGCGGGACCAGUGUCUGCCACCGCGGAUGGCGAGGGAUCUUAUCGGGCCGGCACUGCCGCCCGGCUUCAAGGCCAGCGGGUCAGCGGAGGACGAGGAGCGGGACCCCAGCCCCGUUGCAGGACCAGCUCUGCCCCCUAAUUAUAAAAGCAGUAGUUCAAAGUCAUCAGACAGCGACGAGGACAGUAGUUCUUUGUCUGAAGAAGGAAAUCAGGAAUCUGAAGAAGAUGACACUGGUCCAACUGCAAGAAAACAGAGGAGAAAUCAGGAUGACGAUGAUGAUGAUGGUGAUGAAGGGUUUUUUGGACCAGCCCUUCCUCCUGGAUUUAAAAAGCAGGAUGAUUCUCCUCCAAGGCCUAUAAUAGGUCCUGCAUUACCACCUGGUUUUCUUAAAUCUGCACAGAAAAGUGACAAAGGCAGAGAUGAUCCAAGACAAGUAUCAUCGUAUUUCAACUCUGAGAAGAAGACAGGUAGCAGUGAAGAGGAGGACAUUAUUGGGCCAAUGCCUGCCAAAGGACCAGUUAACUCUAGUGUUACGACAGAGUUUGAAAAAAGGGCCCAGAGAAUGAAAGAAAAACUGACUAAAGGAGACGAUGAUUCAUCUAAAACAGUUAUAAGAGACUCUUGGAUGACUGAGCUUCCUCCGGAGCUGAAAAACUUUGGUCUUGGGCCUAGAACUUUCAAGAGAAGAGCUGAUGACAAAUCUGGAGAUCGAUCAGUCUGGACAGAUAUGCCAGCUGACAGGGAAAGGAAAGCUAAGGAGACACCAGAAGCAAGAAAGUCAUUCAAUAAGAAGGAUGAAGAACAUAUAUUGACAGGAAUGGAAAAGAGAUUGGCCGAGCAGGUAUCCGCAUACAAUGAAUCAAAAAGGCCAGAAUCUCUUAUGGACAUUCAUCAGAAAAAACUAAAGAAUAAGGCUGCUGAAGAUAAAAAUAAGCCCCAAGAAAGAAUACCAUUUAACCGUGAUACGGAUCUCAAAGUUCAUCGGUUUGAUGAAGCUCAGAAAAAAGCCCUGAUAAAGAAAUCUAGGGAACUAAACACCAGGUUUUCACAUGGCAAAGGCAAUAUGUUUUUAUAAGUGCUAAGAACACAGUGGUGAACCAGACAUUCGUAGCCCUCGUCCAUGAGAGGAGGUUCUGUGCUAGUCACUACAGAGUGUUCACAGGUAAGUAACGCAGAUUCCCUGCCUCGUGAGACGUGGGAGAGCAGAAGAUCUCAGUAAAAAAGAUCAAGUAAGUGUAUAUCAUGAUGACUAUAGCUAAUACUGCUGUAUGGUGUAUAGGGAAGUUAAGAGAGUAAAUCCUAAGAAUGCGCAUCACAAGGAGAAAUUUUUUUUUCUUUUUGUGUCUAUAUGAGAAGAUGGAUGUUAGCUCAAAUCAAACCAUUGUGCUGUCCACCGUAAACUCAUACAGUGAUGUAUGUCAAUUCUCCGUAAAACUGGGGGGGACGCCACAAACUGUGGUUAGUGUUAUAAAGAAAACAGGGUAAUGGGACAAUCCAACAGGUAAUUGAGGAUGGAAAUCCUACCUGAGUAAGGUGAUAAGGAAAAUCUAUCUGAAGAGAUGUUAUUUAAGCUGAAACCUAAAAAAAUGACAAACUAGCAGUUUGAAAAAUGACUUGUUACCAAGUCAGGUCUGGCUGCUCGCUGCUCAGUCAAUAACUCGAGAGAGAGGCAAAUGUCGCGAGAAAGGAAAGCUGCUUUUUUAAUCAGAACGCUGGCGAUCUGGGGAGAUUGUGGACUCAGUGUCCCCCUAAAACCACCUCCAAAGAUUCUGCUCAGGAAAGUUUUUAAACGGAGAAAGGGAAGUAACCUCAAUCAUUGAGAUGGGGGGAUCAGAGUCGUCCCUAUCCCGCUCUGUGCAGGCUCAUCGUGCAGGCUUAUAGAUGCUGUCUUGUUCGCACAGUUGGCUUCACACGGUUUGUUCGUGAGAUUACUAAAGGGGAAGCUAGGGAAGAGAUCUGAUCAUCUGUUAAUUAUGUUUUCUUCAUUUCUACUUUGAUCCAUGGAAAGAACAGGUUAGGCAAGGUAUUGUGUGAUCAAAAAAUUGAAAGGUGUGCUGGGACCCGAGUUGAGUAGAGCAUGGGGCUGCUGGGUUUAAGGUAAGUGAUAAGACAAAAGGGGCCUCCUGCAGAGACCCCUUUCCUGCAACCAGCCCUUUCCUGCCAAAAGGUGCUUGCAGACCACGUAUGCAAAAACCCUGAAGCAUUCGUUCUUUGGUGGUUGAAGAAUCGCACCAGUGUGGGCGGUGUACAGUGAGAAAUACGCGUAGGGUUGGUCCCUGUGCCAGCAGAUACGAGGAAGCCCAUGUAACUGCAAUUAACCCAGCUUUAUAAGGUAAAAGGAGCCUCCCAGAGGAGACUGGCUCUUGGUCAAUCAUAAACAUCACACAGGAGUUGGCCUGAUGCAUCCUAACAUCAAAGAUCUACCUUACUGGCCUUCCAGAAUUUCCUAAACAUAUCUGAAUUCAUACCUUAGGGCCUUGCUCUGAAAACCUGUAUGAAUCCUCACUAAUAACGGUCAUCAGUUAUCAGAAUAUUAGUACAUUGAACUCCUGCCUAUACUUUAUCACCAAACCUGCAAUUAUUUAAGUAGAGCUGUUAGCGUUUUUUUUUUUUUCAGAAUUUGUUAUAAAUGAUUGUUCAUUUCCUCCUCUUAGGCCUAAUUAUUGAGGAUUAUAUACAGCCUUUUUAAGAGCUAAAUAACACCAGAUGAAUUCAAUAGAUAUCGAUUGAUAUCAAUCAGUUAAUUAAUUAAUUGAUAGCAAUUAAUCUUUAGAAUUCCAGGACAUGGCAGAACCUUUUCAUUUGGGAACUGGAGAAUACAGUAGACCUGUUUCUUAAUUUGAGAGCCUUGAACCACCUCCAUCAGAAUCACCUGGGGAGCUUGUUUAGAUGCAGAUUCCCAAACCCACCCCUGUUGAAUGGGGAUCUUUGAGGUUACAGUCAGGAAAUCUCCAUUUUUAACAAUUAUCCCCUGUUAUUGUUUGUCAGCUCAAGUUUGAGAAUCACCGCACCUAUCAUAUAUGUUCCUCUAAACACUCCCCUCUCCCUUGUUGAUGUGUUCCACUUUCCUAUAUUAAAUAUUCUUAAAUACAUAGUCAUUUUAUGUUACAUGGCUAUAAUCACCAGUACUGAUAAUACUUGCAUUAUGAGGAGUGGAUUAUCAUUUCUCUUGAGUGAAUUGAUGCUUAAAAGUUUUCAUUCUUGAAACAUUUUUUACCAGCCAGGUGCUACAGGGUUUAAGAUUAUACUGUCAGUGGUAAUUCAGUCUAAUUUCAUUAGACUUUGCCUUCUCUUGGGCGCCUUUUAAAAUGGGAGAGUCCCUGGGAGCAAUAGUUAGGUUAUAAGAUCCUUGUCCCUGGCUGCCUGGGUCCCUGUGAUAUCACUGAAUGCCCUGGAAAUACAGAACAUUGUAAGGGUUAGGGGGCUCAAUGGGAUGCUAAAGAUGAACUUCAUAGUGGGUGCCUUGUGACUGUUUUCCUUGGGGGAAUUAAUCAGUGAAUGUUACUGAAGUAUUUUAAAGUCUUAGGUAACUGCUUUGGCAGCUAAGGUAUUAUUUGAACUAAGCUAGCAAAUACACUUUUAGAUAUCAGUUUCUGCAUUUGCUAAUAAAAGAUGACUAUAGAUAAUGGCAAACAGCAAAGGUACGUGAUUGUAUUAAGACUGAAAAAUGUCCAGAACCUACGCUAGAAUAUUGAAAAGCAUUUCGAAGCUCAUUUUCAAGUCUCUCUGAUCACCUCCUUUCCACUGUGCAGCCCUUUAUAGAACUUCCAUUUGGUUUCCUUAGGAUGGGUUAAUGUUGGCUGAACAGACCUAUGAUCAGGUAUUUUGUCCUAAAGUUUUCUCUUUACAUAAUCAGUGCUCUGAGGUAAAAAUAAACUUGCUCCUUUUAUCACUGGACAGAAAGGAAGAAAUGGAGUUGCCUAUGAAUAUAACUUAGGAUGAUUUUUAUCUUUUUGAGUAAUGCUGAAAGCAACACAUCUUGCUCCCCUAAGAAUACAUAAUACUGUAAUACCUCAUCCGCACUAUACAUUUAAAGAAAGCAGUUUAUUAACCUGAGGUUGCUACUUUUUACAACAGGUACAGACAUAAUUAAUUUGACACUGGCCAGAAAAAUCAAUCUAGAAAUUGUACCCAAUUUUCAGUCUUCAUUUUAACUGGACACGUUAUGGUCUUUUAAAUGUCUUUUUUUCCCAACAGCCUUGUGCACUGGUUAAUAAAAUUGUCAUACUUGGAAACUGAGACUCUUAGAGUUAAAAAUGUUUGCCAGUCAAACUGGUUUGUCAAUAAAGACAAGAUUAGGACUCACCCUAUCAACGUAUAAGAUGUCAGUUGACCCAUUCAUAAUACUGUGGUCCUUCUAAGAAAACAUGAAAAGAUGGAUUCAGAGCAUUUCCGUUUACCAUCUAAUCAUAAAGAGCUUUUAAA